AUGUCUUCCUACGCCGACACUUACACGCUCAAACCUAUUACGGAUAUCUUCACCAGCGAUACAGACUUUGACAGAAGAGAAUGCAAGCGCACAGUACCAAUGAAGGUCCUGAUUCUGGGACUGGGCCGAACUGGCACAGCUUCCAUGCGAGCGGCCAUGAAGCAACUCGGCUACGUUGACACAUACCACAUGAUGAACGCCUCGAUAGAAAACCCGCCCGACGCCCUGCUAUGGAUGGACGCUCUCCGGGCCAAGUACGACGGCGUCGGCAAGCCGUUUACGCGCGAGGACUGGGACAAGCUGCUGGGCAACUGCCAGGCCGUGUGCGACUGGCCGGCGGUGGCGUUUGCAAAGGAGCUGAUUGAGGCGUACCCCGAGGCCACGGUGGUGCUGACGUGCCGGGACGUGGACUCGUGGCACGCCUCGACCAUGCGGACCGUGUGGUGGCGCGUCACGGAGCCCGAGCUCAAGUGGCUGUCGUACGUGAGCUGGGCCGCGCGCAUGUACCAGCCCAUGCUGCAGAAGUUCUUUGACUCCUUCUUCGAGGGCGAUUUCCCCAACCGCGGCAAGGACGUCUUCUUGCGCCACUACGACGAGGUCCGCGCCCUCGUGCCCGCCGACCGCCUGCUCAACUACAAGGUCGCCGAGGGCUGGGAGCCGCUGUGCGAGUUCCUCGGCGACGCCAUUCCCAAGGGCGUGCCGUUCCCCAAGAUCAAUGAUAACUCGGACUUUGUCGACCGCUCCCGCCGGCGGAACCGCAUGCAAAUGUACAAUGUGGCGCUGCAGUUUGUCAAGAAUGCCGUCAUUGUUGGUUUGGUGCUAUACAUUAUUUGCACAUUGCUCGGAUUGAGCCUAUAG